CCCGCCGCGUCCCAUUGACACGCAGGGGAAACGUCACGACAAAAGAGAUCAGCACCUUGGACAGCGGCGCCCGUCACAAUUCAGCGUAUACUUGGAAUCUCCCACAGGAGAAUGGAGCAGGAGCGCGCACGGCAGCGAGACGUUUGUAAAUGAAUCAUUUUGAUUGGGCGAGAGCGCGCCUUGGAAACAAGGGCCGUGUGUUGAUGCGCACGGCAGAACGUCCAUUUCGAGGAUGAAUCAGAGGGGAGCAGCAUCAGCAUCCCCAUCACAUUACGAUCAACAGCAUCAUCUGCUCCGACUGACCAUCACACCCUGCGAAGAAGGAAAAUAGGCGAACCUGAGCACGGUGCCUUUUAUUUUUUCCCUUCUGGAAGGUCCAUCUUUGAACGUGGCGAGGAACCAUAUCGGGCCGGGAGGGGGAUGGUGAUGAACUUCAAAUGGAGACAAUAUCCUGGCAUUUUCCCCCAGCUCUUCAGCCAAUACUGCCAUCGUUAUUGUUGUUUUUAAAACACCAACCUAAUGGAUUGUUCUAAACCCUGCGUUUGGGAUGGGAGGUGGCGCUGGAAUAUGUCGCUGGGAAGAUGCACAAGGAAAUGAUGUGAAAGCUUCGUCAUAAUGCCUCUGAUGAACAAUAAACAAAACUAUAGGAUUGCAUCCGAAUCCAGCUUCCAACUCUUUUGGAUUAUGUUUUUAUGCUGAAGGAUCCCCUGACGAUGACUGUGUGUGGCAACGAUGCUGUGAAAUGCCAUUUUGCAUCUUCCUUGUCUCUCAUCCACGCGUCCAGGCUUUGGAUUGCUGGGAGUUUAUAAAAAUUAAAUCUCUUUAGACCUGGAAAAAUGCAUUGCCGGCUAUUUAUCGCAAUACCUUAGGCUUAUUAUUGUCAUCCUCGCGUCCUAUAAUGAUUGUAUCAGAGAAACAACAUCGGCCCUAACAGGCACAUACAUGCCAUCAGACGGAAAAUAACAAGCCUGGAGAUUUUCUGACCAAUUACCUUUGGUUUGGACAAUUUCCUCUGAGACUUUAGGGUAGCAACUGCGUUUCAGCCUAAUAAAAUAUUAAUAAUAGGCCUAACGGGUCAAAAACAACAAUAAUAAAAAAUAAUACUAAUAAAAAGAACAAUAAUAAUGUAUACAAAUAAUAACGUUAUAUAAAAAUAACCACAACAAUAAUAAUUAUCAAGUAUAAUUAUAAUCAUCAGCCAUACGACAUACACAUGUAGUCAAACAUGUUCAAGAACCGGAUCCGCAUGUUUUUUAACGAACUGAAGGUGCUGGUUUUUAUGCGAUCCGGUUCUAGACGCUCCGAGAGUGACGCAGAGCCGAGCAGACGACCCAGCAGCAGCAUGAGGGGGCUCGGGAUGGGCGGCUGCGGAUGGCCGCCCUUCGUUGACUGCUCCAGCCGCGACGACGAGGAAGAAUACUACGGGAGCGACCCCAGGCCCAGGAGUCUGGCGUUUGAGGAGAAAGACCCCAAACUGCAGGCGGGCCUGGACGCGGUCAGCCUCACCAGCAGCACGGGCAGCGGCAUGAGAACACCUCAGUGUCGAAUCUGCUUCCAAGGGCCAGAGCAGGGGGAGCUGUUGAGCCCAUGCCGCUGUAACGGCUCCGUGCGCUGCACCCAUCAGCCCUGUCUGAUUCGCUGGAUCAGCGAGAGAGGCUCCUGGAGCUGUGAGCUCUGCUACUUCAAGUACCAAGUCCUGGCCAUCAGCACCAAGAACCCGCUGCAGUGGCAGGCGAUUUCUCUGACGGUGAUUGAGAAGGUGCAGAUCGCUGCCAUUAUCCUGGGCUCACUCUUCCUCAUCGCCAGUAUCUCGUGGCUGGUGUGGUCUUCUCUCAGCCCGUCUGCCAAGUGGCAGCGCCAGGACCUGCUCUUCCAGAUCUGCUACGGCAUGUACGGCUUCAUGGACAUUGUGUGCAUAGGCCUUAUAAUCCACGAGGGCUCAUCCGUGUAUAGAAUCUUCAAGCGAUGGCAGGCUGUAAACCAGCAGUGGAAAGUGUUGAACUAUGAGAAGUCAAAGGACUUAGGAGACCCGCUGAGCUCCAGCAGUAAGUCAGGCAGCCGCGGCUCGCGCAGCACCCCACACGGCCUGGCCAGCGGCAGCAGGGGGGGCCAGCGAGUGCGCAGGUUAAGGACUAUCCUCAACCACCACUGCGGCUACACCAUCCUCCACAUCCUCAGCCAGCUGCGGCCCACCGACACGCGGCUCGGAACCGCCACCAACCGCGAGGUGGUGAUGCGGGUCACGACCGUAUGAGGUCGGCCCGCAGAGAGAAGCGAAGCCGCGUUUUCUGCCUUUUCCUGCAAAAGACAGCAUUACGAUGCCAGGAUGAUCACGAUUUUCCUUGCGUAACAACUUUUUCAACGGACGCACACGAACAAUGCAUAGGACAUUGGCGCCAGGCGUUCCUGGAGUUUCUAUUGACGAGACUCUCUCAUGAUCUAGCACACUAUUGCAUUUUUAAGUUCGAUUUCCUCGCUGGUGUUGUUUUUUUAUCGAUACGUUUUUUAAAACGUUUUGAUUUUCUAAGGGAGAAUGGUACAUGAAGUGACACCGACUUGUGAUGUAUAUGGUGACUCAUAUGGACCUAUUGUUGUAAAUGAUGUUUACGGAUGCUUUUGAAAGCCAACCAUAACCAAACGAUCACGACACAAUAACCAGGGAAACAAGAUACGAAUUGUUACAUACUAAAAUAUAUCACAGGGGAGGGUGCAAUAAGACAUAAUAAGAUUAUACAGAGAAUAAAAAGACGUAAACAUUUAAAAAGAAUUUGAUCUUCUCUGCAAUAAAGAUACCUGUACAUUUAACAGUGACCUUUGCAUGAGGGUAGAGUUUUAUGCCUCUUCGACACGUGGACAUGAUGAAUUUGUUUUAUUCAGAAUGGUGCUCGUUUGAAUAAACACUACUAUUCA